AUGAAUUCGCCAAAAAUAUAUAAAAUUGUCGGACCUGGAAUAUUACUGUACGGCAGCAAAGAAGCUGUUACCCUUGACUGUCAAUUUCAUACAAACGAAACAACUGAUCUGACUGUAAAAUGGUAUUUUAAUGACACGUCACACCUCGUGUACCGAUGGAAGCCGCCUAACAAACCACAAAGUUUCGGGAGUUUUAAAGAUCAGUUGGAUCUAUCAUACAAAGCAUCAAAUAAUCCGGCCUUGCAAUACCGAGCUCUGCACAUCAAAAACCCGGCUCCAUAUAUGUCUGGUAAAUACAUUUGCGCUGUGACCAACCGCUUUUCUGAGGAUAGGAUGACCCACUCCAUGACUAUAUAUGAAACCGAAAAAAGAUCCAAUUUAAUAGUUGAUCGUCUAAAAAACAACACUAUAAUCAACAUAAUAUAUAAGGUAGAAGGUGUAUAUCCAUAUCCAAAAUUGGAACUAUUUGCUGCAAAUAGAAUAUUAAAUUCAACAUCAAAAAUCACCAAAAUGGAUGAUAGCCUAUAUAAAGGCGUUACAUCGGCUUUGAUAAAAACAAACACACUUGAUACAACGGUUGAAAUAAUUGGCCGCAUGGAAAUUCCUGAAGCUAACUACGUUCACAUACAAAGGGAAAUAUUUUACAGAGAUUCUGUGCGGUUUUAA